CGCUCGGCCCGGGCGGGCGAUGCGGGCGGCGCGGGCGGCCCCCUCCCCCGGCCCGCGUCUCCGGGACGGCUGCGGGCGGCCCCCCCGGCGGCCGGAGGGCUCCCCGGCCCCAAUCUGACGGCGGCGGCGGCCACAGCGGCGGCGGGAGCCCCGGCUCGCUGUCCUCCGACCCUCGCCCCCAACCCAGCGACAGCCAGAGGGUGCCGGUCCUCGGCCUCCCGGGUCUCCGCUCCGGGAAGCGGCUCCGAGCCCGGGCCCGAGGGCUGUUACACACUCGUGUUGAGCACAUCACAGAUUAAGGGCCCUUUAAAGAUCUGGAUUGAUUGGAAGGACAACAAUUAAAAGCAAUCUGAUCCAGCCCUAUGCCGGAUCCCUGCGGAUUUUCUCCUUAUCCCGUUUCCAUCUACUGUCACAAUUUGAGAAUCUGCCUGAUUUGAUCAGCUUCACCUCUGGGGGAGGUGUAAUGCCAAGGUUAGGAGGACGACAAGUUAGUGGCAACUUUAUGAUCUGCCCAUCAGCAGACUAAGAAACGCUGCCUCCGAAUUUCCAUAUCAACCCUUUGGAAAAAAACAAGUUCCUGACUGGUGGCAAACCUGCAGUGCUCGAGUCUCUGGGACAUCCUAGCCACCAUCACCUGGUAGAUGUGGCAUUUCCAUGCUGAGGCCGCGAGUCCCCCCUAACCCCUCCGCUGCCUCUCCAGGGCCUCUCGGGCCAUUCCUCUUCGGACUGUACAGCCAUGCUGCACCUGCUGGCGCUCUUCCUGCACUGCCUUCCUCUGGCCUCUGGGGACUACGACAUCUGCAAAUCCUGGGUGACCACAGACGAGGGCCCCACCUGGGAGUUCUACGCCUGCCAGCCCAAGGUGAUGCGCCUGAAGGACUACGUCAGGGUGAAGGUGGAACCCUCAGGCAUCACCUGUGGAGACCCUCCUGAAAGGUUCUGUUCCCACGAGAAUCCUUAUCUGUGCAGCAACGAGUGUGACGCCUCCAACCCAGACCUGGCCCACCCGCCCCGGCUCAUGUUCGACAGGGAGGACGAGGGACUGGCCACCUACUGGCAGAGCAUCACUUGGAGCCGCUACCCGAGCCCCCUGGAAGCCAAUAUCACCCUGUCUUGGAACAAGAGCGUGGAGCUGACCGACGACGUGGUGAUGACCUUCGAGUACGGCCGGCCCACCGUCAUGGUCCUCGAGAAGUCCCUGGACAACGGGCGCACAUGGCAGCCGUACCAGUUCUACGCGGAGGACUGCAUGGAGGCCUUCGGCAUGUCCGCCCGCCGGGCCCGCGACAUGUCGUCGUCCAGCGCCCACCGCGUGCUGUGCACCGAGGAGUACUCGCGCUGGGCCGGCUCCAAGAAGGAGAAGCACGUGCGCUUCGAGGUGCGCGACCGCUUCGCCAUCUUCGCCGGCCCCGACCUGCGCAACAUGGACAACCUGUACACGCGGCUGGAGAGCGCCAAGGGCCUCAAGGACUUCUUCACCCUCACCGACCUGCGCAUGCGCCUGCUGCGCCCCGCGCUGGGCGGCACCUACGUGCAGCGCGAGAACCUCUACAAGUACUUCUAUGCCAUCUCCAACAUCGAGGUCAUCGGCAGGUGCAAGUGCAACCUGCACGCCAACCUGUGCUCAGUGCGCGAGGGCAGCCUGCAGUGCGAGUGUGAACACAACACCACCGGCCCUGACUGCAGCAAGUGCAGGAAGAAUUUCCGCACACGGGCCUGGCGUGCCGGCUCCUACCUGCCGCUGCCCCAUGGCUCUCCCAACGCCUGUGCCGCUGCAGGCUCCGCCUUUGGCAACUGUGAGUGCUACGGCCACUCCAACCGCUGCAGCUACAUUGACUUCCUGAACGUGGUGACAUGUGUCAGCUGCAAGCAUAACACCCGAGGCCAGCACUGCCAGCACUGUCGCCUGGGCUACUACCGAAAUGGCUCGGCUGAGCUGGAUGACGAGAACGUCUGCAUUGAGUGUAACUGCAACCAGAUCGGCUCCGUGCACGACCGGUGCAACGAGACGGGCUUCUGCGAGUGCCGCGAGGGCGCGGUAGGGCCCAAGUGUGACGACUGCCUCCCCACGCACUACUGGAGGCAGGGCUGCUACCCCAACGUGUGCGACGACGACCAGCUGCUCUGCCAAAACGGUGGCACCUGCCUGCAGAACCAGCGCUGCGCCUGCCCGCGCGGCUACACCGGCGUGCGCUGCGAGCAGCCCCGCUGCGACCUGGCCGAUGACGACGGCGGCCUGGACUGCGAUCGCGCGCCCGGGGCCGUCCCUCGCCCCGCCACCCUGCUCGGCUGCCUGCUGCUGCUGGAGCUGGCCGCACGCCUGGGCUGCUGAGCCCGCCCGGGGGACCCUCGCCCGGGGGUCCCAGGGCCCGCGUCCGAGGCCGGGCGGCGACAAGGGUGCGGCCCAGCUGCUCCCAGGUGCUACUCAGCAGAGUCCUCCCGCCCUCCCCGCUCCAGCCCCGGCGCUCGUGCCCGCCCGGCACUGCCCUCCCUGCACCGCAGGGGGCGCUGUGGGGCCCUGGCCCGGCGGCCUGCGACUUUGAUUUAUUUGGUUAUGUCACCCAUCGCCCCAUCCUUCUUUUUCUUUUUCUUUUCUUUUCUUUCUUUCUUUCUUUUUUUUUUUGUUGCUACUGGUGAGACGGGGGGUCGGGAGAAAUGCUGCUCAGCCCAACACCCCCAGGUCCUGCCCCCAACCUCACAUAACACACAGAACUGUUGCAGACACCCCCUGCGCCCGUCCCUGGGUCAUCACCAGCCAGCGGACCCGGACUCCGGUCGCUGACUUGAUUCUCUUUUAUAUUCUUUCUUUAUUUUCCUUUGCAACCCACCAGGCCCCAGGCCUGGUAACCAAGGAACUCGCCGUCUGGGGGAGGGGGCAGAAAGAAGGGUUGGGGGCGGGGCGGAAACUUUGUUUUGUAGAGAACUAUUUUUGUUUGCAUUCCCUGUCCCCUCGGGUGGGAGCUGGUCACUGCGGUGGCUGAUGGUGUAUAACCGGACAGAGUAAACAGUGCUCACUGCUGCC